AUGAGAAGUCUAGAGCAAAAAUGGAUGCAUUUUAAUCCUGACAUGGAAAAGGAAUAUAAAUGUAAUGUUUAUCCAGAAGCAUUAAAAUGGGGAGUGACCAAGUGGAUAGCGUGGUUUCAUGAAACAGGAUUAACCUGUUUGAAACAAGAUUUUAAAAAAGGGAUCAGCAAAUGUGGAAAGGAAUACCAUCAGAAAAUGAGGAAAAAAUUAAAUGUAUGGCAUAAGAAAUAUUUAGAUGAAUGGUGUAAACAAGAAUGGAAAGAACGUGAAAAUCGUUAUUUCAAAAGUUGGAGAAAAUGGGCAGUACAUACUGACCAAGACUAUUGGGUGAAGUUAGCACAUUAUAACAGAUGGGCGGAAAGGAUAAGAUCAGAACAUAAAGAAUGGACAGAUAACCUUAAGGCAAUAGAAAAUAAUUGUAAUGAAUGGGUUAACUGGAAAAAAGAAAAAAAUGAAUUUUAUAAGCAAUGGUUACAAACCUUCACUAAACAAUGGAUAACUGAUGAACAGUGGAAUACGUGGAAUAAAGAAAGAAAAGAAUACAUGUUGACAAAAAACCAGACACAACAAAAAAGGCAACCGAAAAACCAGCUACAAAGAAGUCUGCAGCCCAAAAAAAACGGUAAAAAAUAA